CGAUCACUCUAUCACUUGGUGAAGCGUAAGAAUGAAAUUAUUGUUAGUUAUCGCAUUGUGCGGUUUUGUGACAGCCGCCCCCAAUGUCCAGAAACAUGAAGUUAUUGUCGUGGACAACCUGCCAAAUGAGAUAGAGAAUCAGAACUGGAUGGUAGAUAUUCUAAUUAAUCAGUUGAUCAACAUUAUUCGUUCGUUCAUCAAUAAUGGCAUCGGAAUCAUUGGCAUCCCACCACUGGAUCCUCUGACUCUAGACAACUUCCAUUUAGAUAUCCCUGCUGGGCUUAUCAACCUAGAUUUGCAGUUAGAAAACAUCCUAGUAGCCGGCUUGGGCAGUUUUGUGGUUCACAAAAGCAAACUCGAUUUGAAAGAUCUCUCAUUUGAUGUCGACGUGUCUGUACCUCGACUGGAGAUCAAGGCUGGGCUAUACAAUCUAACUGGAGACCUGUUGACCGCAAUUCCUAUUUACGGAGAAGGAAAAGCCGAGUUUAUCGUCGAGGAUUUUAGAAUAAAGGCUACAUUUUUCUUAAAACAGUCAGAUGACGAAAAAUCUGUAAUAAUCGAUCGGAUUGAAGGAGCAACAUUUGAAAUUCCUUCUUUUAAGUCAAAUUUGGAUGGAGCAAUCGGCGGAGGUGACAUAGACGCUAUUGUGAACGCGAUCGUGGAAGAAGUUCUCGUGGACUACGUGAUUCGCUUCCGUGGUGCCAUCUCCAACAUUGCGACUCUGCUGAUCAUCGUCAUCGGAAAUCCUAUUUUAGAACUUUUUGAUACCUGGCAAUUCAUCGCCUCUCUCCUACCUCGCGCAUAAAAUAUAAUAAUAAAUCGACAUUUAUAAAUUCC